UUCUCAAUGGCUUAUAUACAUCAAUCCUGCCCGCAUGCGCCUGUUUUCCGUCGUUUCGUGUCGUUGACUUUUUCCUUCUGUUGCCAAGACUAAUAGUCCUCUCCGAUGGCUAUCAAUAUCUUUGCUAUGCCCUCGUCCUCUAUCCUCCUCCUCCUCUCUAUCGCCUUUAGUAGAUCGAAUGCUUUCCCGUCGCCUCUACCGGAGAAAACUGUUGCUUACAAGGCGGACGAGUGGUCGCCGCGCCCGACCAAUAUCCCUCCAGACCCAGCGAAGCUUUUCAAGAGAAAUUCUGUGGACACGAACGUUUGUGGAUGGAUAGGUGGAAAUUCGGCGGAUGCAGCAGUUUGUCCAAGCGGCUCCUCGUGUAUACAUGACACGAUACAUGGAUAUGUAGGGUGCUGCACAACAUCAGGGCCGUGUACAGCAGGUGUUUAUUCAAGUUGUGUGGAUUAUCAUAGCAGCGGUUGGAAUUCGAAUCCAACGUGGGAGAAUAAUGGCGUUUAUACUUGCCCUGGCAGUAUGGAAUGCUAUCAAAAUACUUACCCCGGAGGCUAUUUGCAAUGGGCAUGCGGGGCUUCAUCAGAUGCCACGAGUAUUGAAACAACAUUCAGUGGCCAACCAUCAGAUUUCUUACUACAAGUUGUGUUUACGGGGGUGAACUUUGGCCCUAUGUCUGCAGCGCCAACCACAACUUCUUCAACCUCCACUUCAACAUCAUCCUCGAGUUCAGCCGCUUCCACGACUUCAGGCGGAACUUCGAGCUCAAGUUCAGCAACAUCUAGUGCAACUGGGGGUGCAAAGAAUAAGUCUGAGGUCAGCGGAGGUGUUAUUGCGGCAGCAGUAAUUCUUCCCUUGGUCUUCAUAUCAGUUAUCAUUGGGGUUAUAUAUUUCUUCUGGCGCCGAAGACAAAACGAGAAAAUUGCGCGGAGGCCUAGCUCAUUUACAGGCGCAUUCAAGAGUGUCUCACCAGAGAGCAGCCAAGAAGAGUUCACACAAGCCCCUCCAACACAGGCUCCUCCAGCACAGGCCCCUGUUCCGGACGACUUUGUCUCCCCAAUGUCCGAAAGGGCCAACAAAUCAUCACCUCCCUUGAAUCCAUAUGUGUUCUCCCCAGCGAGCGAAUACCGUGGGAUCCAAGAGCGUAUGAAUGCGAGUGCGGAUAACCCUUAUGCGGGUAACCCUUAUAUGGAUGACUCUCAUGCGGAUAACCCUUACGCGAACCCCUACGCGAUGCCAGAAGAGUCAUUUUCUUCACAGCCCAAUAACAAUGUGCGCAAUUCCGAGUUAGAAAACUUCUCCGGAGCAUAUAUGGCAGCGGUCGGCGAGAUGUCACCCCCUACUCCCCCGCAAGCCGCGCAAACGGGGAAUAGACGCGUCGCCCCUAUGGGACCCGGGCAUCUGCGCGAUAGUGAACUGGGGAUGGGAAUGGGCGUUGGUGUGAAUCCAACCAGGAGAAGAGAUAAUUCCGAUGUAUGGCCAGAAGAUCAAGCCACUGAACCCUUCCCUCUAUACGAGGCGCGCGGGUUCCGCAGCGAAAAUGUGAGGAUGGAAGGCUGGACGCCGAGGGAACUGAGACCGACAAAACGGGCGCCGAAUAGUCCGCAGAGGUACGAGCUGGUGGAUGAACCGCCUCAAGAUGGGGUACAAGUCCUCCACACCCCCGGGCAAUUGAGAGGGAAGAAGGCGAUGGGCGGCAUGUUUUAACCGGUGGCUCUUUGUGAGCGGCGCAACGGAUGGGCCUGUUAUUUGGACGAUGGGAACAUAUGCAUGCAGAAGGCGUUGAUAACCUUUUGAUGGGACGGCGACCGUACUUCGGUCCUAGACGAGUAGCUUGAUACCCUGUCUUAAUAUCUUAUUAUCUGUACAUAAGGACACAGAAGAGUAAAUGUACAUAUAUAC